ACUCACUACACAUCGACAACGCACUGCCGGGAGAGCGAGAGAGAGCGGCUGCGAUUCGUUGCUGGUUGAUUAUUCAAAGGAAACGCGCGACGGAUAAAGCCAGUUGAUUAAAUUCGUCAACGUUGCCUGUCGUGGAGGUUGCAGUCGUUCACUCACAAUCAUGAAUGAGGCGGUCAGAGAACGCAGGUGCUGAUUCACCGUAUCGGAUUACCAUUGUAAAAAACAACAAUGCUGUCUUUGAAAGAUGUUUUGUACGUGGGGUUACUUUUCACGUGGAUGUUUACACCAGGGGAGGGGACAGUGACGUCCUGUCGGGACAGGUAUGGGGUUCUCCCCCUCCCUACGUUCAAGGCGUGGUCGUGUACAAUGUGCUUCUCAUACCUCUUCAGGGAUGAGUUCGAGUUGAGGGCGAAUCUCCCCAAACCUGAACUUGUGGCUGUGAAUGGCUCUCGUUAUGAAUACGGUACCACCUUCUUACCUGAUAUAGAAAACAACACCGUGGUGGAUGUUAUCUGUGGAACCCUGAACGGCGAGGACUGUGAGCGAUGGACGUCUUGCUGUCACGCAGCCCUGGAGUGCUGUCACCGUCAAAACCGUCUACCCCCUCCCGACCCCCAGGGACAGCUCUGUCCACGCACCUGGGACGGGUUCGGGUGUUUUGGGGACACCCCCGCUGGACAAAAGGCGCACAUUAGGUGUCCGGCCUACAUCGAGCACAGUAACCCCAGACUUAACGCCGACAAACUCUGCACCAGCAACGCCACCUGGUUCCGAGACCCUCACACACACCAGGAGUGGACAAACUACACCACGUGUGUCGACAUGGACGGAGGGACAGUGACGAGAACUAACGAGACUAGCAGACCAUAAAGGUUAACCACUUAGGACAUCCAAACCACUUAGGACAUCAAAACCACUUACGUCAUCCAAGCCAAUUGUGUUGAAUGCCCAAGGUUCAUAAAUCGAAGCUAUUCAAGAAACACGCACGGAAUCUAAGGGAAGUAACUCUUCCUUGCGAAUGACGCAUGCAUCGCUAUCAAAUAAAACUGUCGCUGUGA